AUAGGAUUGAAUGAUUUAAGAAUGUUGCUUGCAACGGAUAUUAAAACAGUUUCCGAAUUAAGUUUGUUACCAAGCGAUGCAUUUUAUGUAACGGUUAAUGGACAGAUCGUCGACUGGAAAGAGAUACGCGAUGGAAGCUCUUUCGUGGUUCAUUUCAGACUUCGUGGUGGUAAAGGAGGCUUUGGAUCGUUACUUCGAUCUUUCCGCAUUCAUCGUUCAACAAACCAGUUAAUGUGUCGUGAUUUAACUGGUCGUCGGUUAGCGGACGUAAAGGAAGAGGAACGAUUGCGAAAUUGGAUUGCAAAAGCCGAGGAGCGAGCCGAAGAAAAAAGGAGACGAAGGCUAGCAAAAUAUGAACGAUUAAAAUCAGGACCAGCGAAGCAUGAAAUGAAUGAUCCUCAUUAUAUUCGUCAGCGCGAAAAAAUUUUGGAUGAAACAGAUGAUGCUUUUGAUGCAGGUAUGUUUUCACAUUGUUUCUUUAUAAUAUUCAUUGAUAUGAAUGUUUUUAUCUGUGUACAACUUAUUUAUCAUCUAUACUUCUAUCGUCAAGAAACUUCCUGGCCAGUGCAGCAAAGAAACAUUUGCAAUAAUGCUGUAAAAUACGACGAAAUAAAUUUGGACGAAUAUGAAAGUGCUGAGGCAUUGCAAAAGUUGAAUUUGGAUCAUUUAAAACAUGCAUUAGAAGCUCGAGGAAUGAAGUGUGGCGGAUCGUUGGCAGAAAGAGCAGCUAGAUUGUUCUCUGUUAAAAAUUUAAAACCAGAGGAAUACCCAAAAUCGGUUCUGGUAAAGAAACGUUAA